AUGCCUAACCAUAACCCUGCCUGUGCUGACUGUAAAGCCAAGAAGAAGCGGUGCAUUCACCGUAACCAACCCGUGAAGGUCGCCGAGGCUGAAGCCAUCCCAGCCAGCAUGUCUUCCCCAUCCGCUCCCGCUGCGGUCCCCACCCCAGCUGCCACUCCUGCCCCCGUCGAGGCUCCUGGUGCUGCCACCCGAGGACGCCGCAAGGCCGCUGAGGCGAAGUCCAAGGAGAUGAGUCCCGCCCCCGCCGAGUCCAGCGAUGAUCUUUCUUCUGUGCCCUCUGAGCCCGAGCAGAAGCCGGUGGUCAAGAAACCCACCAAGCGUACUCGCCGUGCCAAGUCCGCCGCCGUGUCUCAGAAAGCGGCCCCGAACUUCCCCGACGAAAACAUUCACGCUGCUUCUACCAUGUCCGUGAACCAAGUUUUCGCCAACAAGCUUCGUGACAACCUCCAGGGGCUCCAGGAGCGCAUGCGGACUUUCGAGGAAGCUCACCGCGAUGUCAUGGCCGGCACCCUCCAGGUCCUCCAGGAGAGCGUGGAGACCCUCGACGAAGCUCACCGCGACGUCCAGGCCUCUGGCCAGACUAUCCUGAACACUGUUGAGGGCUGGAUCCAGUCUUGGGCCCGGUCUGGUCGUUAA